AUGCUGGCUGCAGGGGCACUGCUCAUAAGCCUGAGCAUACUAACUGUCCAUGGAAAUGAUCCGACAGUGGAUGUCUUGUACGUGGACUAUGAAGACUACACCACAGAAGCCCCUAAUUUUAUUUUUGAUGUAAACGACUGGUUGUUCGACCUGCUGGACGAGUCCAAUGUUUGUGAUCCAAACCCUUGCUUCAAUGGUGGCUCAUGCCAAGUCAAAUCCGACACAGAGUUCCAAUGUUUAUGUAUUGAGCCGUACAUAGGCAAGAGGUGCCAAAAAGUCAGAAACAUUUGUCAAAAUGUCAGAUGUGGUCGUGGCGAUUGCGUCGUCAACCUAAAUAAACACCCGUUUUACGAGUGCAAGUGCAAACCGCCGUUCCAAGGACCGAACUGCAUGUCACUGCCAAAGUCACCCUGUGACCCCAAUCCUUGCCAGAAUGGAGGUUCUUGUAUAAGAGGGAGACGUCGUUUCCGCUGUGCUUGUCCUGAUGGAUAUACUGGGAGGUUCUGUGGAACUGCUCCCACUGACUGUUAUGAAGGAAAUGGAGAGACAUACAGGGGUGUCGUCAGUAUGACAGAAGAAGGCGUGGAGUGUCUGGACUGGCAUUCCUCUUUCAUUAUGUUAAACGGAGAAGAUCCUUUCAGGGUGUACUCAGACUUCACCGGACUGGAAUACAACAAUCAUUGCAGGAACCCAGAUGGGGAUAACAAGCCUUGGUGUUUUAUCAAAAAGAAAGACAAACUGCAGUGGGACUACUGCAAAGUCAAGCGAUGCUCUGAAGCCACUCCACCAACAACAGUGAUACCAGAGCCAGGCUCUUCCCAAUUCUCCCAAUGUGGAAUAUCCCAGCAAUCUCGUACUAGCAGGAUUUUUGGGGGCAGCAAGUCUUUCCCCGGCACCCACCCCUGGCAGGUGUCGGUGCAGACCAGACCCAGUGGCUCAUCCAAUCAGUUUCGCCACAUUUGCGGUGGGAUCCUCCUCAAAUCCUGCUGGGUCCUCACCGCUGCCCACUGUGUCGAACCUGCUACUGAAUUCCAAGUGGUGUUGGGAGGAGUGAAUGUAGACAAACAAGAGGAAAUGGACCAGACCAUUCCAGUAAUAGAAACAUUUGUUCAUGAGAACUACAGGGAGACUCCUUCAGCACUUUACAAUGACAUUGCUCUGCUUAAACUCAAAGUUACGGACAAUCCUUAUUGUGCUAAGGAAACUCACUUUGUGAAGACAGUGUGUCUACCAGACCAGACCUUCCCAGCUGGAAAGCAGUGCGUGAUCUCUGGAUGGGGUGCAACCGAAACCCAGGACUACAGCAGCCAGCUUUUGAAUGCUCGCGUUUUGCUGAUUUCUGAAGAGCGAUGCAAAACUCCUCUCGUCUAUGGAAACCUACUGGACAACAGCAUGCUGUGUGCAGGGACUUUGCAGGGGGGCAUCGACUCGUGUCAGGGUGACUCAGGUGGCCCAUUGGUGUGUGAGCAAAAUGGAACACACUACAUCACUGGUGUGGUGAGCUGGGGCCACGGCUGUGGUGAAAAGAACAAGCCUGGUGUCUACGCCAAUGUCCACACAUUCAUCAACUGGAUCAAGAGCAAGAUCAACUGA